UGCCAGAGCCUUUUGGAGGGGCGAUCAUCAUCGGGCAGGAGUCCAUCACCUAUCACAACGGAGACAAAUAUCUGGCUAUAGCUCCACCUAUCAUCAAGCAAAGUACGAUCGUGUGCCACAACCGGGUGGAUCCCAACGGGUCCCGGUACUUGCUGGGGGACAUGGAAGGACGGCUCUUCAUGCUGCUGCUGGAGAAGGAGGAGCAGAUGGACGGCACUGUCACCUUGAAGGACCUGCGGGUGGAACUGCUCGGCGAGACCUCCAUCGCAGAGUGCUUGACCUACCUGGACAACGGAGUGGUGUUUGUCGGCUCUCGGCUUGGCGAUUCCCAGCUUGUCAAGCUCAACGUGGACAGCAACGAGCAGGGCUCCUACGUAGUGGCUAUGGAAACCUUCACCAACCUCGGUCCCAUCGUCGACAUGUGCGUGGUAGACCUGGAAAGGCAAGGCCAAGGGCAGCUGGUCACCUGCUCGGGCGCGUUUAAAGAGGGUUCGCUGCGGAUCAUCCGCAACGGCAUCGGGAUCCACGAGCACGCCAGCAUCGACCUGCCGGGGAUCAAAGGUGCGGUUCUGAUGUUAAACGGAGAGGAAGUCGAGGAGACGGAGCUCACGGGGUUCGUGGAUGAUCAGCAGACUUUCUUCUGCGGCAACGUGGCGCAUCAGCAGUUGAUCCAGGUCAGCUGCACGGAAAUGGAGCAUGAAGUCGCCUGCCUGGACAUCACCCCUUUGGGGGACACCAACGGCAUGUCCCCGCUGUGCGCCAUCGGGCUCUGGACCGACAUCUCCGCCCGCAUCCUCAAGCUGCCCUCCUUCGAGCUGCUGCACAAAGAGAU